AUGACUUUAGAUAGUACCAAUCUGCAUCUGUUUUACAUUAACAACUAUAUAAAAUUUGCAUGGAUUAUAAUAUCAUCUAAGAAUAGUAAUUUAGCAACGAUUCAAAAAUUUCAAGAAUUCAAUAGAAAGUAUGGAAAUUUUAUAAGGAAGUUAAUUGAAAAUAGUCAACUUACUCGUUCAAAUUUGAUUAUAAGUUUGUACUACUUAUAUAAGUACUAUAAUUAUAAUGGCAUUUUGAAUCACAACUCACAACCUUUCAAGGAUUCCGAUUCUGAAGAAUUAAAUGUUUCUAUUGACUAUUCAUUAAUAAUUAAUUUAAUCAUUGUCAGUUUGAUUUUAUCAAAUAAAUGUUUUGAUGAUCAGAGUUAUACAUUGAAGACAUGGUUAAUUAUUAUCAAUAAUACCAUGGGAAAGUCAACUUUGGAUAAUAACCACAACAAAAAAAUUAUUAAAAUAGAUUUGAAAUUAAUAAAUUCCUUGGAAAGUUAUUUCUUAUGUUCUGUCAAUUACAGUUUAAGUUUUAUCAAAUUAUCAAAAGAUUACAACUUCUGGAAUAUACUAUCAAGUAGUCAUGUUUUUAAAUUAUCUACUUCGAUAAUAAGUAAAUUUAAGGCUCUCGUUGAGUUAACUGUGCAUGAACCUGCCAGUGCAAUUAUUGCCAAAUCCCAAUCAUUAUUGCAUGAACAGCCAAUAUUAUUAACUCCAGGUAGUGAAAUUCAUAAAUCACCAUUAUCCGCCACACCAUUAGCAACACCAAUAUCUAAGAAGUCAACCGCUACCAUGGGCCAACUCCCCCUCCCUCUUCCAAUUGUCACAGUGUCUCCGUUGUCGUCAACAUGUUGUACUCCAUUAACUCCAUUAACUCCAUAUUCUGACGUUAAGAGAAGAAAAUUACCUUUACACCAACAACUCUAUACUUAUUCAUUUAAACAUCAUUAUAAGGCUCCUAUUCAACCUUUAUUCCAUCAAUUCACAAUGUUGCCUCAAAUUCAACCCCAGGGUCCUCCUAUGUUAGCAAGUUCUGUACCUCAAUUUCAAAACGAAUCUCAACAACAUCCUCAACAACAAUUUCAGCUUCCUAUUCAUCGUCCACAGCUUCCAUCUCAAAGUCUUGGACAACAGGCUUCGUUUAUGCAACAAAUUUACUCUUUACCUUCACAGCCAUCGUUAAAUCAAUUUGAAUGGUAA